AGGACAGUGGAAAUAGUCGUCUUUGUCUGACAAAACUUAAUCGAGUGCCAGUAUACAGCGAUACCAGCCGGCUACUGUCUAAUUUUCUUAAAACAUCAAGCCAUCCUGACAGCGUUAUCUUGUUAUUUGAUGGUUUUUGAUGGGUCCUUUCUAACAGUGGAUUCUUAAAACUUAUCUUAACCAGUGCUCUGACGUCAUUUGUGUUUAUUAUUUUUCUCUGACAUCAGCAGGAUAAUGUGGUUUGGUGUAAACGGCCGCUGCUAAUGAACUGAACUGUUUCCCACGCAUUAGACAUUAAUGAUUUGCUUGGUAAUGACGGCGACGCCAUAAUUUCUUUGUCACGCCUGAAAGACAAAGAAACAUCAGAACUGUUGUUAUAACAGAGACACAGCUGGUAACGGUAGAUGUUUUUGUCUCUUGUCGUUUAUCUCAGCAAGUUUUGCCGUUAUUUCUCAAUGUUUAGCACCGACAGACUCACGGUUCCUGAAUAUGUCAGUAAUCGGCUACACAACCGGAGGACGAGCUCUGGCCCCAAGGCUGUGUCUCCGGGGAUCAGCACCGACGUCCAGGCCGUGUUGGACGGCUCUCUCCCCGCGCUGCGCUCCGCCAUCAAAACACUCAAGUCUUCAAAAGACACUGGAGAUGUGGAGGAGACCCGCCGAGCCAUUGCUGAGACUUUCCAGCUCGUCGAGGAGGCCUGGGUCCUGCCCACAGUGGGCCGACAGGUAGCGGAGGAGAUCUGCAACAGGAUCCGGCUGGACGGGGGUCUGGAGCUGCUCUUGCUGCUGCUGCAGACACCGGCUGUAGAAAUCACAUACGAGUCUGCCAAGCUCCUUGAGCAGAUUUUGGUCUCAGAAAACAGGGACUAUGUGGCACGUAUGGGGCUUGGGGUCAUCCUGAACCUGACCCGUGAGCAGGAGGAUGCCCAGCUGGCAAGGAGCGUGUCGGGCAUCCUUGAGCACAUGUUUAAACACACAGAGGAGACAUCUGCGCAGCUCAUCACUAACGGAGCACUGGACACCCUCCUGUACUGGUGCCGUGGAACAGACCCAACUGUACUGCGGCACUGCGCCGUGGCCCUGGCAAACUGCGCCAUGUACGGUGGGCACCGGUGCCAGCGGCUGAUGAUCGAAAAACAGGCGGCUGAAUGGCUGUUCCCGCUGGCGUUCUCCAAAGAGGACGAGCUCAUCCGCUUCCAUGCAUGUCUGGCCGUGGCUGUGCUGGCGGCUAAUAGGGAGAUAGAGAAAGAAGUGGUAAAGUCUGGUACUCUGGAGCUGGUGGAGCCCUUCAUCGCCUCGUUGGACCCUGAAGAGUUUGCACGCAACUUGUUGGACAGCGCAGACAGCAUGCAGGGCCGUACGGCUGCAGACCUGCAGCACUUACUGCCCCUGCUGGACGGCACACGUCUGGAGGGGAAAUGCAUCGCUGCGUUCUAUCUGUGCGUGGAGACUAGUAUCAAGUCCCGUCAACGUAAUACCAAGAUAUUUCAGGAGAUUGGAGCUGUUCAGAGUCUAAAGAGGAUCGUCAUGUACUCCAGUAACGCCACCGUCUGCUCUCUGGCUAAGAGGGCCUUAACAAUGAUGAGUGAGGACGUCCCGAGGCGUAUCCUUUCAUCUGUACCCAACUGGAAGAGCGGAGAGGUACAGACCUGGCUGCAGCAGAUUGGUUUCAGUGCAUUCAGUGAACGGUUUCAGGAACUGCAGGUGGAUGGAGAUCUCCUGCUCAAUAUCAAAGAACAGGAUCUGAUCCAGGAUCUGAGAAUGACUUCUGGGCUCACUCGCAAGAGGUUUCUUCGAGAUCUGCGUGUACUGAAAACCUAUGCCAACUACUCCACAUGUGACCCCAAUAACCUGGCAGACUGGCUAGCUGAUAUAGACCCACGAUUCCGUCAGUACACCUACGGCUUGGUUCAGUCAGGAGUCGAUCGGAACAAUAUCAUCCACAUUACAGAACAACAGUUGCUGUCUGACUGCCAUGUAGAGAAUGGAAUCCAUCGUGCAAAGAUCCUUUCUUCUGCCCGCCGCCCUGCUAAACCCUGCGUAACCGAUUCCCAACCCGCAGGCCCUGAUGUGUUCAUCAGCUACCGUCGCACUACAGGUUCACAGCUUGCUAGCCUACUGAAGGUGCAUCUACAAUUGCGUGGUUUCAGCGUCUUCAUCGACGUGGAGAAACUGGAAGCUGGCAGGUUCGAGGAGAAACUGAUCACGAGUGUACAGCGAGCACGCAACUUCAUUUUGGUGCUGUCAGCCAACGCGCUGGACAAAUGCAUGGGCGACGUGGCUAUGAAAGACUGGGUUCAUAAGGAGAUUGUCACCGCCCUGAAUGGGAAGAAGAACAUUGUUCCUGUCACUGAUAACUUUGUGUGGCCUGAUCCGGCCUCUCUGCCAGAGGACAUGAGCAGCAUUCUCAAAUUUAAUGGCAUUAAGUGGUCCCAUGAGUAUCAAGAAGCCACUAUCGAAAAGAUUCUGCGCUUCCUCAAGGGAUGCCCAAGCAAAGAGCAACCAGACGGAGCAAAAACAGACAAAAAAGAGCCCCAAAAGAAAUAAAACAUACAUCUGACCAAUAAAAAGCCCUUUAUUAUGCCUAAUAAGUAGGUGUUUCCAAUAAUGACCACCGCGUAAUCAGAAAACACCUGCUUACCCCUCAGAGGCCAGUGUUUCCUUUGGUUGUAUGCAUGUAGAUGGUCUAGAUAGAUGCAUAAGUGUAACCUACCCAAAGAUGCAACGGAAUUUACAAGGUGCGGUCACAUUAGCAAAGUUUUGGCAAUAUUUUACAGGGGAAUAACAGUCCAUCUUGUCAAUUGUGUAGCAAUAUAUGAAGCAUCACUAACAUAAAAGUCACUUUCAAACCAAGUAGCUGUCUGUUGGUCAAUGUGGUGAGUUUGUGUGACUUAACCUGAACCCGUUGUGAAAUCUGCACGUGGAAAUUUUUCACCAUCACAUGAUGGAUUCCUAUAUACUGAUUUGAGUUUUUUCGCAAAAUUCGCAAAAGUAAAUGUGACCGCACUUUAAAGAUUAUUCUGAGUUAUUUACAGCUUUAUGUCUGUCGACAGCAUUUGUGGCUCUAAAUAACACUGAAUACUCCUUAAAUUGUGCAUUAGUAAUCAAACUGUACUGACUGUGCUCCCAGAAUUGUGUUACAUUUCUGUAACUCAGGAAGCUGAAACGAUUUCUGCAUUACGCGUCGUAUUUAUGACAUCAGGAUAAAUCUAAGCAUAGUCAGUCAAUCCAUAGUCAGAUAGUACUAGAUAAUCUCGCAUUAUAGAAAGCCUUAUGAAAUGUUAAACAUCAGUUUUUAUAUUUCCUUUAUUCUAGUUCAGUUAGUUAAUCCACAAAUAGUCCAUUCUUUUUUCUAACUACAGGUUUGUGCAGGUUGUUAUGUUAAGUAAGUUCUGAUAUUAUGUACAGUGCAUCAUUCAAAAGGCAAAUAACACAUUUUUCACCUCUAAGAAUAUUUCACAACAGUUCAUAAAGCUCAAGAUGAAUCAUUAUAGUUAUUAAUCACUUCAUGCAGUAUUAGAAACAAACCCUGAUACAACAGUUUCAGGACUCAAAAGACUGGUGUAGAGGCUUUCUUAGGAUUUGCGAGAAUAUUAUGCAGCAAUUUUAAGUCAAUGAUACAUUUUCAGUCACUGUGAAAAUGCAUUCGGUCAAGGAAAAUGUGGAUGAACAUUUACUAACAGCUCUUAACACCUCAAGCUCUAUGCUGCCAUUGAGCUCCCUGUUGUUGCCUUAUGAUAUUUAUCCGAGUGUUUCAGGUGUAAUGCAGCGUGUAACAUCUGUACAAUUAAAUAAUGAAAUGUUCUUUUUUUUCAGAAAUAAACAGCAAUAAAGCUUGUUUUGGAAAA